GGAAAAAGAAGGGAGGCAGUGUGUCUGCUCUCCGAAAGGGAGGAGUCAGGCACAGGGAAAGGGCAGCUGGGGCUCUACAACUCAAAUCUUCCUUCCCCGAGAAACUCUGCGUUACGGUCUUUACCGCGAUAAACAUAUAGAAGUUUAACGAGUCGCUGUACUUUUGUGUUUAGACUUUAGGUAUGGGCAAAGACAAGGCGCUAGUUCAGUGCUGUGCUGCUCCUGCCAAGCGCACAUAGGACAGAAAGAGAAGACGAGGGAAGAAAGAAAAAAGUCCGCAGAGCAGUUUUUGGAGUUUCAAGUGAAGAAGCCAAGAGUCUGUUUGCAACAAGCAUCUGCUAGCGAGCGAGAAGAAAGUCUGCAAGGAGAGGACAGAAAGUUUCACAAUAGCUGAACGAGUAUCCUGUCUUGAUGAGGUACUGAGGAAUGCACAGUUGUCAUGGAAACCCAGUCCCAGACCAGUUCUGCAGCAGAGAAGAAGAAGAGAGUGGAGACCAUCAUAGCCACCAAGAGCGCCUCCACCCGUGCAGACAUCAGUGAGAAGGCCGUGGCCUCCAGCACUACCUCUAAUGAGGAUGACAGUUCGGGUUCCCCGUAUCAUCGCGAGAGGCGUAAUGCCAUCAGUGGGCAGACCACGGUUCUGGGCACAUCAGGAAAACUGAGUGAGGAACCAUCCACCUCUACAGAAGAGCGCUCCCCAUUGGUGAAAAAAGAACUUCACAGUUCCCUGCCCCACCUUGCAGACCACACCCUGCCCUAUCGGGGGACGCUGUUCACUAUGGACCCUCGCAAUGGAUACUUGGACCCUCACUAUACUACACCUCAGUUCUUUCCUGCUUUUCACCAUCCGGUACCAAUUGAUGAUAGACACACACAAGGCCGGUACAUUUACGAACCCUCGCCGGUACCGCCACUACACGUGCCUCCUGCACUGGCAGCCAGCCCAGCAUUUUCUGAUAUCUCCCUUAUCCGGAUCUCGCCGCACCGGAACCCUUCAGUGGGGGCGGAGUCACCCUUUAACCCCCCACAUCCAUACAUUAACCCUUACAUGGACUACAUCCGCUCACUGCAUAGCAGUCCCUCUCUGUCUAUGAUCUCUGCAGCCAGAGGCCUCAGUCCUGCAGAUGCACCCCACAGUGGUUUGACCACGGCAGAGUACUACCACCAGAUGGCCCUGCUUGCAGGUCACCGCAGCCCCUAUGCUGACAUCAUUCCCUCAGUGGCAUCCACAACAGGGCCUACAAGCAACGCCCUGCAUAUGGAGUACCUGCAGGCUAUGGAAAGUUCUCGAUUUCCCAGUCCUAGGUUCACAAAUCGGCCCAGCAGAAAACGACCCCUUCCCAGCUCCCCUUCCCUGUCUGACCCCAGUUUUGACCUGCAGGCCAUGAUUCGCACCUCUCCCAACUCUCUAGUCACUAUCCUUAAUAAUUCCCGCUCCAGCUCAUCCACCAGUGGAUCCUACGGACACCUCUCAGCUGGCACUAUUAGCCCUGCAUUGAGUUUUGCGUAUCCUCCUACGCCUGUAGCACUACAAAUGCAUCAGCAGCUUAUCGGUCGGCAACCGGGUAUUGUAGGUUCUGCCUUCGGACACAGUCCACCCCUCGUGCACCCAGCUCCUGCCUUUGCCACCCAGAGACCUGUUCCUGGCAUCCCCCCCUCCAGCCUGGCACCUACAGAACGUUCCACAGCCUCAAAUGACUCACAGACUAAACCCACCAGUGAGUCGGCUGUGAGCAGCACAGGUGACCCCAUGCACCACAAACGCUCCAAACUCAAAGCAGAUGAGGAGCCGCCCAGCCCUGGAGCUGUUAGCAUGCAGGAGCAAACGGAUGGAAUGACUCUGGUAAAAGAGGAGGGUGAUAAAGAGGAGGGCAAGCAGGAGCCGGAGGUAGUGUAUGAGACCAACUGCCACUGGGAAGGUUGCUGCAGGGAGUUUGACACCCAAGAGCAGCUUGUGCACCACAUAAAUAAUGACCAUAUCCAUGGAGAAAAGAAGGAGUUUGUGUGUCGCUGGGAGGAAUGUUCAAGAGAGCAAAAACCCUUUAAGGCCCAGUACAUGCUGGUGGUGCACAUGCGCAGACAUACAGGAGAGAAGCCUCAUAAAUGCACGUUUGAAGGCUGUUCAAAGGCUUACUCCAGACUGGAGAACCUCAAGACACAUUUGCGGUCACACACAGGAGAGAAGCCCUAUGUGUGUGAACACGAAGGUUGCAACAAAGCAUUUUCUAAUGCUUCAGACCGAGCCAAACACCAGAAUCGCACACACUCCAAUGAGAAACCCUAUGUGUGUAAAAUCCCUGGCUGCACUAAGCGAUAUACUGACCCCAGCUCUUUACGGAAACAUGUUAAGACUGUACAUGGUCCUGAAGCCCAUGUCACCAAGAAACAGCGUGGGGAUACAUACCCGCGACCCCCACCUCAGCCACGAGAACCUGGAGGUAAUGGACAAAGCAGGUCACCAGGACAACUGCCUCUCGGAGCGAUCACGGACCAAAGGGAGUAUAACCAUGCUACCUCGAAACAGGAUGAAUGUCUACAAGUCAAGUCAAUCAAAACAGAAAAGCCCAUGACGUCUCAGCCAAGCCCUGGCAGUCAGUCUUCAUGCGGCAGUGACCAGUCCACCGGCGGCCCCCAUAUCGGCCGUGGAGUCCAGCUUGCUGUAAACAGCAUUGGGCUUGUGGGGGAGGUGGCAGUACUUGAGGACCAGGAAAAUGAAGAGGAGGAAGAGGUGGAGGAAGGAGAGGGAGAGGAGGAGGAUGCCCCCAUUAUGGACUCUACAGUAUCCACUGCAACAGCCACUGCAGCAACACUAGCUUUGCAGACACGCCGAAAUGUAGGACGGCCCCUACGCUGGAUGGAACAUGUUAAGAUGGAGAGGUUAAGGCAGGUGAAUGGAGCUGUGCCUAGGCUAGGACAUCUGUCCCCAACACCACCCCCUAAAGGCCAGGCCCUGCCUGCCCUCACAGGAAAGGGUUCAUGCCUUGGAAGGAGUAAUUCUUUGGGAUUGCCCCAGCUUCCUUCACGUCCUGAACCGUCCAACACAGAGCUGACAGUUUUGAGUUUGCUGCAUGAACGGCGGGACAGCAGUGGCAGCAACACCAGCUCGGCUUACCUGAGCAGCAGCCGUCGCUCCUCUGGCAUCUCUCCCUGCUUCUCCAGCCGCCGAUCUAGCCAGGCCUCGCAGUCUGAGCACAGCCAUCAUCGGCGUAUCCACAAUCUCAGUGCCACUGACUCUUAUGACCCUAUCUCUACUGAUGCCUCCCGACGCUCCAGUGAAGCCAGCCAGUGUGGAGGUGGAGGAGGAAGUUCAGGUGGGAUGCUGUACGGUGGAAGCUGGGGUGGUGGUGGAAGUGGAGGUAUUGGAGGAAGUGGUAUGGGAGCAAGAGGUGUUUUGAACCUCACUCCAGCUCAACACUAUCACCUGAAGGCCAAAUAUGCAGCUGCUACAGGUGGGCCUCCUCCCACACCCUUGCCCUACAUGGAGCAAAUGAGCCUAAAAACUCGCCUGACUUUGAUGGGAGAUGGACAGGACACAGGACAGCUUACACUACCACCACUGGUCAGGCUACGUCGCUGUAGUGAUGGUACGCACAACUUACAAGGCAGUCAAGCAGUGUUUCAACGGAGAGGACUGUACCCUGGUGAAGGUCCAGGGAAUAGUGAUCGUAGAGCCAGUGACCCUGUGCGCCCACGGGAUCCUAGUGCUUUUGGCUUGCCACAGGUACAGCGUUUCAGCAGUCUAAACAACAUGAAUUCAUUACCCCAUCUUGGUAGUAAUCAUUACUCAGAUGGAGAAGAUCACAGUCUGAGCUGGCAGAACUACACCUGCCAAGUAGGUAGCUUUCAGAAGAGUCUACACUCCCCAUGCCCUCCUAGCAUCAUGGAGCAAUCAGCACUUGAGGAAUUGGCCAUGGACCAGGAUGGUCUUCUGUUACAUGUUGAUGAAGACAUCCUACCAGAUGAUUUGGUGCAAUAUCUCCAUUCCCAAGAUCAGGAAUCAGCUCAAAACCAUAGCAGUGAUUCCAGUCCCCAUAGAUCUAGUUUUGACCAGAGUAUUGCAGAUGGCCAGAAUUUCCUCAGCCCACAACAGCAACAGGAAGAGGCAGAAGGGGAAGGCGUUAGUAAAGAUGUAAUGCCUAUCCAGUGGAAUGAAGUGAGCUCUGGUAGUGCUGAUGUUACUUCUCCCAGGCAGCAAUCUCAGAGGUGUGGAAGAUAUUCAGACCCUAGUGGCAUAGUGAGCAACCCCUUUGGUCGCUUUGGAAACAUGAUUGUGCAGCAACAACAACUGCAUACAGAUUUCAUAGAUCAACACUUAAGUCUUCAUAGAGAUGGUGUUCAACACAUGACAGAUAUGAGCUACGGGUGCAGACAUCCAGAACAGCAUCAACAAACUGCAAAACCAACCCAACAGCAGUCCAAGAUGAAUCCAGGCAUUAAGAUUGAGUCUUCCUCAACCUCCCAAAUGGAAUCACGGCAAAAUAACUUUGGUCGACCAGACUUCUCUCAUAUCUAUUUGGGCCCCAUCCGCCCUAGCUGUGCCCAGCAGACAACUAUAUCCCAAACUCACCUCCUGCAAAAUCACACAAUAACACAUCAAAUCAGCGGUAAUCUUUUGUUGCAAAGAUCAGCCAACUGCAGCUUGUCUCCGGCAACACUACUGUCUCACCAACCUCAGCCUCCUAUGUCCCACCCACCUGUCAACAGUGGCCGUAGAGGCUUAUAUCACCCACAGUUCUACUCCACUCAGCAGGUUAGCAACAGUCAAAAUGUACAUUCAUGCCAGCAGCAAAGUUUAAGAAAUGGAAAUGGCACCAAUUGCUCCCUUACAAAUCAGGCUUCAGGGCUGAAGCUUGAGGUAGAUGAUCACCUUCAAACUAGCACUUGCUCUUCCUUUCAGCAACAACAACCAGUUUUUAUUGCUGAGUGUUUUGAUACAGCAGAGUCCAAAACUUCAUCUUCUCACAACAUAGCACAGUCAUGUCUAAUGGAGUCCUUGUCAGAAGAGACAGAAACACCUUCUGAGGCUCUUCUGUCCCCUGGGGUUGAUCAGGUUACCAGCACGGUUGAAGGAAGCCCAGGUACCCUAGAUAAUGUGGGUUUAGAUAUUUGUUCCAUCCUUGAGGAUGGGUAUGAGCAGGGUAGUGUGGUGUCUGACAUAAUCAGUCCUAGUUUUCUCCAGGGUCUGUCUCGGACUUCCUCUCGACUGACUACUCCUCGUGUUUCUGCUGCAUUUCACAGCAUGCAUCCAGGCUCUAACAACAUGGCUAUAGGUGACAUGAGCUCCCUCCUUACCACCCUCGCAGAAGAGAGUAAAUUUCUGGCUAUUAUGCAGUAGUCUGUGAACGCCUCCUCCAAAAAAAAAAAAAAAAGAAAAAAAGAAAAAAAAUUGUAACAAUGUUAUAGAUAAGACAAAUAUAACAGACUUAUGCAUGUAAUGUUUAAAUGUGGGAUGAGUAAAAAGUUAUUACCUUAUACUCAUUAAAAUAGUUUAAUAGGCGAUGUUGACAAAGAGUUCACAAUCUAUUUUGAAGCUAUCUCAUCGUCCUAGAGGCAUUGACCAAUAAAACCAUAUAGAUACAUAUAGAGAGGCUAUUUUUUCUUUUAUAUCACUACAUAAUGAUGACAGGAGACACUUUCCAUCACAUUGAAACAGUAUUCUCUGUUGUUGUUGCUAUAUGUUUUGUUGUACACUGUUGCUGUUAUUUGUACAAGUGCAUGUUAUUUUUCUUAUCAAGUGAACACAGUGUCCACUAAACUGAGUAGGAUAACUCAUGUAUUGUGUACCAUUAUUUUAGAGUGCAUUACGUACUUCAAAGACAGUGUGUAUACAGACAGACUUAACUGUCAACAGGUCAAGACAGGGUCAAAUAUCACUCUUAACAAGUGUCAUAUUUUGAUUAUUCUAAUUGUCUUUUUAAGUGUCUUAAAUCAACAAUAUUUCAGUGAUUUCAUAAGUACCAAAUGUUGUUUGGAUCCAUUUUUUUUCCUUCAUGGCAAGUAAGAGGGACCAUUUUGUUGUAUAAGUGUGAAGAAUGCUAGAGCUGAUAACUCAGUAUCUUGAUUCUAGUGACUGUAUCUUUGUAAAUAAAUGUUAAUAUUUUUUUCCUCUUUAUAUUGUAAAAAAUUACAUUUUACAUCAUUUUGUUCAUAUUGUAAAUGACUGGUGCUUAUGUUAGGCAGUGCAUUAUGUGACAAUUGUGGAAAAAAAACAUUGUGGUCAUUUUAGUCAAUCUCAACAUACUUGCACAAAGAUUUUUGAAUUUGUGGCCAAAAAGCAUUGUGUCAAUUCAUGCUUAAAUUUAUCUAAAUAUAUCAGUAAUUUUUUUCUUUGUUUAUAACAGUCAGUUGUGUGCUGUUUUUGUCACAGCAGUGCAGUGCAUCUAUAGCGAGAUAUCAUAUAUGCCUUUUAGAUCAACCUGUUUUUACCUACCCAUUUAUGAUUAAAUAAGCAAAAUUAAGACUUAUAAACACCAAGACACAUCAAGCUCCACUACGAGCUAAGAGACUUUUCAGCAGUAUUAAAACUACCCUGCAGUUUCUAACCUGCAUAUGUACAGCUUUUUAAAAUGGGUACUCUGAUAAUUAGGUUUUGUUUGUUUUUGUACAGUUAAUUGAACUUUUUCUGUAGUUGUGUAUCAGUGUUUUGAACAUAAAAGUGGUAUGACCCAUUCCCAUAUGAAAGGACAAAAGGGUUUGAGCCUAAGGUAUGUGCCUUAUUAAUGCCUGUCCAUAAAAAAAGAAUCACUGCCAAAAAUAAAAUGUGUAUGGAAAGAGUGACUUCACAUGUUACAUGAAACAUGAAACUACAUUCUGUUGGUUGGGCAUUGAGAAAUGUAACAUGUAUAAACAAUGUUGGUUGCUUUGUUGUUGUUUUUUUUAAUAGCUAUUUGUUUUAUGUUUUUUCAUGCUUGUAAAUACAUAUUCAUUCUGUAAACUGUAGUUAAGAGUUUAGGUGGCAUCAGGGGUCAGAAUUAGUAUAAAUAUCCUACUCUAUAAAGCAGGAAUCCCUGUGCCCUCUCUUACAUUUAAACAGAGAGAUCAAAAUGGAGUCAUGGUGCCUAGCACCCUUAGACUGGGAACAAAUUCUCAAUGUUCAUUUUAUAUCAGAUUACAAAAAAAUGUUUGUAUUGUUUUAAUAAAAAAUAUAUAUAAAAUGUU